AUGUCGGACUUCUAUACACCUAGCGACCAACCUCCCGGCUCAGCCGAAGUCAACAAGAGAAAGCAACAUCCGCAGCAACCUCGACAACUUCUCUCAUGUACCAAGUGCCGCGAGCGAAAGGUAAAGUGUGAUCGUACAAAACCCUGCUCCGCAUGCUGUGCUCGUGGUGCGCCCAAGGAGUGCCAUUUCGUCGCAGAAGGGGGUGAUUAUGCUCCAAUACAACAAUCUUACGAGCUUCGCAAGCUUCGUGCGGAGAAUCUUCGUCUUAAAGAGCGACUGCGCGCCAGCCAGAUUCCUAUUGAGGAUGACGACUCAGACCCAGCGGCGACUCCAGAAUCCCAGCACGGUGAAAGAUCAGCCUCGUCGAAAAAAAGACGUGCUGCAAAGCAGAAGCGCUUUCAAGGUUCCGAAUGGCAGGAUAGCAUAUAUUUUGGCUCACCUGGACUUGCCAGCGUAGUCACAGAUUUUGCUUCUGUAAAUCUCAACCCAGCAUCAGCUUCUCUGUCACAUCUCAUGCCUCGCGGACUCGAUAUGUAUGCGCCGCGAAACCCGCCACCUCACCCUUUUGCGACUAUAUUCAAGGCCACUCCAGAGGAAUGUAUUCCAGAGCUCUUGAGUGUCCUUCCACCGAAAGAAGAACUUCUGGAAUACCUGAGCUUCUUUGAAAAAAGAGUAAACAUAUGCUCUUUCCCCCAUGUGCCUGUCGAGAUAACGAGAAGCGAAGUCGAGCGCUUCCUCUCUGAAGAAAGAAAGAACGCCCAGAUGUAUCCCGAUAUGCUAGCUUUGCUCUUCGCCGCAAUAGCGUUAGGCGCCCAGCAUUCGGUGUGGGACAAAUCCGGCGAGCAAUGGAAUGGCGAAGUCAUGGAUGCAGAAAUGAGGAGAGGCGACGUUUAUAUUGCGGCCGCAAUGCAAGCCCUACGACUUGCAUCUUUCAUGCACAAACCAACUCUGUUAGGAAUUCAAACACUCAUCAUGAUCGGACCCUACUUGACCAACAGUGGCCGAUUCCUGGAGGCGUGGACCCUCUUUGGUACUACCAUUCGAUUAGCCCAUUCAAUCGGCCUUCAUCGACACCCAAAAUACCUCGAUCCUGCUCCUCCGACACAGCGGGAAUGCUCUAUCCGACAAACGCUCUGGUGGUGGAUGUUACACAUGGACGAACAGUAUUCGAUGACCCUCGGUCGGCCGCUUGGGAUUAGUGGGAUUGGAGACUGUCCAUGGCCUCAGGAACUGACGACUGACACCGCCAUGUUGCGGUUCGGCGAGUUUGUAAACCACUUCACGAUUUUGACCAGACAGAUCUUAAGCAGUGAUCGGUUGACGCUUCAGAAAAUCGACGAUUUUACGGAAGCUCUUCGAGGACUGCUUGAUACGAUGCCCGAGACAUUACAGUUUGACGAAUCGUGGUGUCGGCCUGACACUGCUAUUCCUGAUUGGCCGCUUAGUGCCAUGUCUGCUGUCUACUAUUGUAAAACACAUACCUAUCUCAUUCUCCUUAAUCGACAGAGGAUCGACAGGAAUACCGUACACGCACAGUCGCCAUACUCAAGAAAUACCGCCUCGUCAUUUCGACCCAUCAAUCGGACGCCUUCGUCGUAUCCAUCAACGCCUACGUCAUCAAAAGCCUCACUUCGAGGUCGCCCCCUUGUGCUCUCCUCAUCGGAGGAUAUCCUUAGCGCCUUUGUUUUCUUCUAUCACAGAGUGCCAGCGGCGCUGAUCGAUUGGACUAUCGGCCAACAGGCGUUCAAUUCCUGCAUGAUCCUUCUACUUGACGCCAUAGAGAACACAAAGAUCACUGCGGGCGCUAUGAAAGUGGAAAGAGCAUUUGCUGUAUUCAAGGAGCUAGAAGACAAUCAUGUGCAUAAGCUUGCAGCUCUGGCUGUGGAUAGAAUCAGUUGGGGCCUGCAAGAGCUGCAUCGAGUCGUCCAGUCCGCAUCCAGUACAGGGGGGCAACAGGGGGUCCGCGUCGGGAUGGAGACAGCCGGCCCAAGUGAAGCAACGCAUGGCUCGGGACAUGUGAAUACGGUGAUGGGUAACACUGGACUUUUGCUGUUGGAGGAUCCCGGUCUGCAGGCUUUCGUCCAAGAAGAUUGGGCUCCAAUCGCAUGGGCCAUCCCAGGGGGUACGAGCAAUAUUAUGAAAGAGCAGGAACAGCAAUCACAGGCCGAAGCUAGGCAAAUGAGCGGACUAAAGGCAGAAGAUGAUGUCUACCGUUUUCGAUCCCCGGAGGUUAUGCAGGGUAUGCGGAGAUCGACGACCACGCGUUCAGCACCCAUGCGCUACGCGACCCUGUCAGAAGAGGAUUCUAAGCCACAACCCUACACAGCUCCGACAUCCCCUGCAACCCUCGCAGCGUCGAUGCAGCAACAGCAUCAUGAUGCACAAGCGACUGCCACGAGAGGCCGUCGUGAGCGGCAGCCGCCUCAAGGCUAUCAACAAUUCCAUCCGCCUCACUUGCCACACGCACGAGAAUAUGAAUCGGCGUCAGCAACAGGCACCUCAAGCAGCAGCGGCUGGGGAUACGAAGCGAUCCCGAGCGCAUCGAGCACCAUCCAACAACAUGGCAAUUUGCCCCUGACGUCUCCAGAUCCGAGCAGUGCAGACAGUCCAGCGGCAACUCGAUUGCCAGGUACACCCCUGAGCGCAGCCAUCUCAGCAACAAUGGCAGGAUCAGAACCUGCCUCCUUACAUGCAUUUCUCGAAGCUAUUCCGACUACGAAUAUCGUUAACCCUAGCGUUCACCCCCCGUUUGCAGCCCGACCCGCGGCUCCCAUGUCUAGCAUAGCAGGCUCAUCGAUGAACUUCUCGCCGGUGUCUCCUGGUGCAUUGCACGGCAUGGUGCAACAACAGCCCCAGCAGUUAGUUUUUCCUUUUACAUCGCAAUUUUCGAAUGCAACGCCUACGACGAUGGCGGAGCAAAUGGACUUGGAUGAGUGGCAGAGAUACGUCGGUAGUUCCCGGGGCUAG